AUGGCCUCAGACACCUCCGGACCACCGCUCUCCCCCACGGAGCAGCAAAUGCUGCAGGAAGUUGUGAACCAGAGAGUCAAGGACGACGGCGGUACGUUUGUAGUCCGGCACAUCGAUGACCAAGACCAAUCAUGCAUUAUCGACGGACUACGCACCGGACAGUCUCCCCGCGGGACGCCUCGCACCCAGAAACCCGAACUCCAUUGCCGCAGGGCCCAGGAGCUCGCCGGGCUAGUUAAGGAUAGGGAGCCCGAAUCCGGCGGUUUAAGAUCCCUAUUCUGGAUUGGGACAGUCCCUGAUGCGCCUUCACCAUCCGAUUGCUGCGGCGCCCCAGUCUCAGGGAUGGACGAGACGAGACGGCUCUGGACAGACCAGUGGGAUAACCCCACAUUCAAACGCGAGCUGACUAGCUACCUUGACCAGAACGCGGGUGCCAUGGCGCGCGUCGAUAAGAUCGUCUGCUUUGGGCUCGGAGACUGGAGCGUCCAAUCCCAAUCUUAUUCCUAUAUUCAACACCUCGCCGCUCUACACAUCCGCUCCACGCUCGCGCGCAUUCAAGACACCCCUCUCACCACCUUCAAAGUCUACGCACAGGACCCUGCAUACUGCACAACCGCUGAAGCCUCACUGCGCAAACUCGACAUCGAGCCAGUUGAGCACCCUUCAGGCUUCGAUCUUCUUGACGAGAACACUUUCGUAGUGAGUAUGUACCCCACCGCCCCAGUGCGUCAGAUGGCUACGGGGCUCUUGAACCAUGUUGGUGGGCCGGCGGGGAUGCUUUGCAAUGCCAUUCAGAACGAUGGGAUGUAUCAUGUCAAGGGGCAGUGGGACCCUUCGAGUCCUUGGGUGAUGGCGUAUCGUGAUAGAUGUGAGAAUUGGGAUCCUGGGCGGCUUCAGGAGGAGGAGUUAGCGGAUGGGAAGCCUUUCGAGGGGCUGGAGUUGUAUCGGUAGAAGAGGACGUGAACGGGGCUGACAGCAACGUACGCCUUGACUGAUUCGGGCUCUGGAAGAUUGCGUUAUGG